GGGGGCGGGCCGGCGCAGGCGCGGAGCGGCGGCCGGUGCGGAGGUGAUGUAAGCAUUUCAGUUACACACGAGAGAGGAAACAGGCAUGUCAGCUCUUUGUCCACCACCGUCUCCUGCAGUUGCUAAAACAGAGAUCUCUUUGAGUGGCGAGUCACCUUUAUUAGCUGCCACUUUUGCUUAUUGGGACAAUAUUCUUGGCCCCCGAGUGCGGCAUAUCUGGGCUCCAAAGACAGAACAGGUACUUCUCAGUGAUGGUGAAAUAACUUUUCUUGCUAACCACACUCUGAAUGGAGAAAUACUCCGGAAUGCGGAAAGUGGUGCAAUAGAUGUGAAGUUCUUUGUUUUGGCAGAAAAAAGGGUAAUCAUUGUGUCAUUAAUCUUUGAUGGAAACUGGAAUGGAGACAGAAGCACAUAUGGACUAUCAAUUAUACUUCCACAAAGUGAACUUGGCUUCUACCUGCCGCUUCACAGAGUGUGCGUGGAUAGAUUAACACAUAUUAUAAGGAAAGGAAGAAUAUGGAUGCAUAAGGAGAGGCAAGAACAUUUCCAGAAGAUUGUCUUGGAAGGCGCAGAAAGAAUGGAGGAUCAGGGUCAGAGCAUCAUUCCAAUGCUGACAGGAGAAGUCAUUCCUGUAAUGGAACUCCUUUCAUCUAUGAAAUCACACAGUGUUCCAGAAGAAAUAGAUAUAAGUGACACAGUGCUAAAUGAUGAUGACAUUGGGGAUAGUUGCCAUGAAGGCUUUCUUCUCAAUGCAAUUAGUUCACACCUGCAGACCUGUGGUUGUUCAGUAGUCGUAGGAAGCAGCGCAGAAAAAGUAAAUAAGAUUGUGAGAACAUUGUGUCUGUUUCUUACACCAUCUGAACGAAAGUGUUCCAGGCUCUGUAGAAGUGAGUCGUCUUUCAAAUACGAGUCAGGACUUUUUGUUCAAGGCUUGCUUAAAGAUGCAACAGGAAGCUUCGUGUUGCCCUUCCGUCAAGUAAUGUAUGCCCCAUACCCUACCACACAUAUAGAUGUGGAUGUCAAUACAGUGAAGCAGAUGCCCCCUUGUCACGAGCACAUCUAUAACCAACGACGAUACAUGAGAUCGGAGCUGACAGCAUUUUGGAGAGCUAAUUCAGAUGAAGAAAUGUCUCAAGAUCAUAUUAUCCACACUGAUGAGAGUUUUACACCCGAUUUAAAUGUCUUUCAAGAUAUCCUGCAUCGAGAUACUUUAGUAAAAGCUUUUCUGGAUCAGAUCUUUCACCUGAAGCCUGGCUUGUCUCUGAGGAGUACUUUCCUUGCACAAUUUCUGCUGGUCUUGCACAGAAAAGCCUUAACUUUAAUAAAAUACAUAGAGGAUGACACGCAAAAAGGAAAAAAACCUUUUAAGUCUCUUCGUAGCUUGAAGGUAGAUCUUGACUUAACAGCAGAGGGCGAUCUUAACAUAAUAAUGGCAUUGGCUGAGAAGAUUAAACCAGGUCUACAUUCCUUCAUCUUUGGGAGGCCAUUCUAUACCAGUGUACAAGAACGUGAUAUGCUCAUGACGUUUUAAAGUUCUCCACAUGUCUGAUAUUGCACGGAAUCUGUCAGUGUGACACCACACUGGUGACAAUCAUUGACGACUGAGGAUGUGGCCUCAGGAGCUCAGUAACACUAAGGUGUGUCCGAAGCAGGAAGGGUCUUGUUAGAGGGUAUAUCAGCUUAGCUAGACAAGCAUGAUUAUUUUGAUGCAUUUGUCUCUUCUAUGUGCUUUUUUUAACUGUAAAAGUAAAUGUUACCAGAGGAUCCUUGACCAUAUUGGCUUAGUAGAUAAAUCUGAACAUGUUUUGGUGUACGAUAAAGGGAAGCAUUUUAAUUUUCAUUCCCCAGAAACUUCCUUCAGGUGUAUGUCAGUUUUCUCCUGUUCUGCUGUGUCAGUAGUUUCAAUUUUUCCACGGAAAACAAUACAUAUGUCAUCUCCAAUCAUGGAGGUUUCAGAAUAGGCACUUUCCAAGAGUUUCAAAGAGUUUUUAGAAGUGUUUGUUCAUAUGUAUGUGGUACUAAUCUGAAAUAUGACUUCCCUUAUCUCCCUUUUUAACACUGCUGGGUCCUUUUUUUAGAGCAUUUAAACAUCUGGAAUUUUUAAUAUACUACAAGGUACUAUUUUUGUGGGCAAGCUGUUGAUUAUUAGCAGCCUAAACAGCAGCGUGCUGCAGAUGGGAACUAGGUCGUUAUUCAAGCAGCUUUGUGCAUGUAAGUGCCAACCAGGAUACUCUGUCAUGUGUUGUUGUGCACAUCCUGCAGUGAAGUGUGCAGAGAUCCAGCAUUAUGGAGCUCUUCCAAAACACAAAACCGAAAACUUGGUGUCUCCCACAGCAUACUCCUGAAAAAAAUGGCAGCCCAUGGCUUGGACAGGGGCACUCUGUGCUGGGUUAGGAACUGGCUGGAGGGCCGGGCCCAGAGAGUGGUGGUGAACAGUGCUGUAUCCAGCUGGUGGCCAGUCACUAGUGGUAACCCCAAGUAUCAGUGUUGGGCCCAGUUCUGUUUAAUAUCUUUAUUGAUGAUUUAGAUGAGGGGAUUGAGUGUACCAUCAGAAAAUUUGCAGGUGACACCGAGAUGGGGGGAAGUGUCGAUCAGCUGAAAGGCAGGAGGGCUCUGCAGAGGGACCUGGACAGACUGGAGAGUUGGGCUGAUUCCAGCGGGAUGAGGUUCAACAAGACCAAGUGCUGGGUCCUGCACUUUGGCCACAACAACCCCCUGCAGUGCUACAGGCUGGGGACAGAGUGGCUGGAGAGCUGGAGGCAGAAAGGGACCUGGGAGUUUGGAUUGACAGGAAGCUGAACAUGAGCCAGCAGUGUGCCCAGGUGGCCAAGAAGGUCAAUGGCAUCCUGGCCUGGAUCAGGAACAGUGUGGCCAGCAGGUCCAGGGAAGUGAUUCUUCCCCUGUACUCAGCACUGGUGAGGCCACACCUGGAGUGCUGUGUCCAGUUCUGGGCCCCUCAGUUCAGGAAGGACAUUGAGGGGCUGGAGCAGGUCCAGAGAAGAGCAACAAGGCUGGUGAAGGGACUGGAGCACAAGUCCUAUGAGGAGAGGCUGAGGGAGCUGGGGUUGUUCAGCCUGGAGAAGAGGAGGCUCAGGGGAGACCUCCUCACUCUCUACAACUCCCUGACAGGAGGUUGUAGCCAGGUGGGGGUUGGUCUCUUCUCCCAGGCAACUAUCAGCAAGACAAGAGGGCAUGGUCUCAAGUUGUGCCAGGGGAGGUUUAGGUUGGAUACAGAAAGAAAUUCUUUACAGAGAGGGUAAUCAGGCAUUGGAAUGGGCUGCCCAGGGAAGUGGUGGAUUCUCCAUCCCUGGAGGUUUUUAAGAUGAGACUGGAUGUGGCACUUAGUGCCAUGGUCUGGUAACCAUGGCGCUGUUGGGUCAAUGGUUGGACUUGAUGAUCUCGGAGGUCCCUUCCAACCCAGCUGAUUCUAUGAUUCCACAGCACUUGUCGGUCUUUCUGUCUGUAAACUGCUACUGGUAGUUCCAUUGUCAGUUUCAAUAAGGUUCAUAGAAUCAUUUGGAUUGGAAAAGACCUCCCAGAUCAUUGAGUCCAACUAUUAACCCAGUACUGCCAGGUCCACCAUUAAACCAUGUUCCUAAGUGCCACAUCUACACAUUUCUUGUACCCUUCCAGGGACGGUGAUGCCACCACUUCCCUUGGGGAGCCUGUUCCAGUACUUGACAAAACAUUCAAAUUAAAGUGUUAGACCUUCCCGAAGAACACCAAGAUGAUGGACAAACUAAAAGAUAAACCAGUAUUUUUUUAAUUUUACAUCACCAAUAAUAUAUUUAUCAAUCCUUAAUUCGGAGACAAGCACAGCUAUGAACUAAUGUGAUCAGUAUUUUACUAAGUUAAUUCUAGUUGUUAAGCUUGACUACCUUCUUAGUUCAGCUUAGCACACCUCCCAUCUUCGCUUGAAAAUAAAAACACAUUUUCUAUUUACAUGCCUCAACCUUUCUUUCUCAGUAGAAAGUAGAGUGAUGUGGUGUCAGUUGAAAUCCAGACUUUUUUUUGGUGGUGUGUGUUACACUGAAAUCAGGGGUACAUCUGUACUGCAUGUUGUUGUAUCUUUUCUCUUUUUGGACAAACACAGGAAUUUAUGUCAUGCUUCAGUAUAAAGUCAUAACUAAGUAUUCAUUGUGAAGGAGCUGCACUUGUGAUUGGAGAAGCCACGAUUGUUUCAUGGCUUACACUGUUUAUAACACUCCUUGGUUAACAGGUUUCUGUUUUCAAGAUAUUGAAAGACAAAGAUUUGCAAUUAAAUGUUUAGAGCUUCUGAAAGACAUGGAACUUAUCCCCAACUGCACACCAUUUUUGUCAAUUAGCAUCAUCAGCAUUACCUGGUUGCAAAAGUAAUUACAUUUUGUGGAGCCAUCUUUUUGCUGUACAUGCAUGUAGGACUCUUGCAGUGAGCUUGGCAAUUCAUCAAAAGAACUUGUCAGAAUUAUGCUGACAUAAGUAACUUGUGCUGAGAUUCUGUUAGUCUUCCUACCAUUCCCGUUCCCUUCUGUGUUUUCAACUAAUUGAGGCAUUAGAAAAGGGCCUGAUUUUGCUUAAGUUUUUACUGUCAUGUCUAAGAUAGUGAAAGAAAUUUAAUAAACACUGCUGAAACUUCUAACCUAGAAGUUGUGCCAAAAUCUAAGGAGCUUUAAAUCUGCUGCUGAAAUUAACCCUUUCAGCUUGAUAGGUAUUGGAAACUUAACACUGACACUACUAACAAUCAAGAUAUUUGUUUACUGAAGAUCCUGUCACUUUGAAAUUACUAAAAACUACAGCCUCUCUCAAUUGGUGCUUUUGUUGCACAGCUGUCACAAGUGCACUGUCACAAGUGCAGAAUGUGUAGUGAAGUACAUUGUUAAAUGUAUCUGCAUGUUGUGUUGUAAAUCUUGCUCAGGAAACAAACUAAUAAAAUUCAUGCACAAGUUUUGACUUUAA